AUGAGGGAGGAGGUAAUAAGUUCGGGGGGCACGGUGGAUCCAUUUCCGAUCGCGCGAUCGGCCUCCCCAGCCCCGACUACGGCAGCCAGGUGAAAUUAACCUAAUUCGUCCUUGCACUCGUCGUUUCUUGCUCUGAAGUUGCGAUAGUAAAUUCCUAUUUUUCGAGGCGGAGCUGUUUGGAAUUGGCCUAGGUGGGAUUGUGGCUUCCAUUUUUUCGUCUCGGGUGGUUCCCUGGGGUUUGGGAUUUUGGAGAUUCUAGUUGUAUUAGUCGUUCUUUUAUCGUUCGGAGUAUGCUUUUGCCUUUUUUUGAGGGCUUUAAUGGGGAGGGUGUGGGACAGGGAUAUGAUAAGUUUUCUUUCAGUUCCCCAUCGUAGGACACCAGCUCUUCAGCUGGAUCGAAAGAUCUCCGUAGGGCAUCAAAGUUUCUGGGCUUUGGGAGUUAGUUGCUUGCGGUUAUCGUUUUAUGUUGGUUUCUGGUUGCAGUGGAGAGUCGAAGUUCUAUCGGAUUUCUGUGUAAUUGAUGCAUGUUUGAUGACUCAUGAUGCACACUUUUAGAAAAUUUAUUAUCUGGGUGUGUACCGAAGUGCCCAUCUCCUUUAGACACCCUUUUAGGGGCGUUGGUGAAGAAUACUUGUUACUUACAUUGGUGCACUGCAUAACAACUUCGAAAGCUUGCACACCACUCACCGGCAGUAGGAGCUGCUCUGGACAGUACUUGGCGCCCAUAUACAUGUCUCCAACUCUUCGUUUUUAUGGAAUUUUUUCAACGCAUUUGCUUUCUUUUUGUCUUAGAGUGAAAUGAAUUAUACAUUCUCCAAACGCCAUUAGCUUUCCUGAUUAUCAGAAUGUUUUUUUUUUGUAAUCAAACUCAUGCGCUUGAUUUAUUCUGUUUGAAUUUUUUCAUAGCCAAUUUAUGCAUGAAAAUCAUCUUUUAAAUAACUUGAAUGUUAGUCUUUGUGUAGGUGACACUUGUCUUGCCACCAUGGCAUAGAGGCUCUGGCCUAUCCCCUCGUUAUCAUCAAAUUUAUUGUGUUGGUUGAACAAUAUAUUUAUAUCUUUUUUGUAUUCCCGUGUUACUUUCUAUUUACGUUACUCCUGUUGAAGGUGGACUUCGCAGAAUUUGGAAGCAAGGUUUAACUUAAUGUCAAUAUGAAAAUUGCUCUGUUGCCUGUGUUUUUACUGAAAGACUGCAGUUAUUUCAUGCAGAGGGUAAUGCAUCUUGAUGAUUGGGUGUCGCCUGUUCAGUAUACUUUAUUUAAACUGUUUCUUGGUAUAUUUUAAACUUCACAUUGCAUAUGAUUCUUGAUUAAAUUUUUCUAGCUGGUUUACAGGGAACAACUUUUUGGCUACGCUUGACAUAGUCACUCAGCAUUUAUCAUUAUUUUUCUCUAUUCCGAUAACCCGGGGAAGCUUCCAUCCGUCUGAUAUUCAUCUUCGCUACCCCAUAUGCUUCCAGUUUUAAUGUUAUCUUCCCAUGCAAGUAUGUGGUUUUGCUAAUAUGGGUUAUUUGCAGUUCUGCUGGAGCAUCCUCACCAGCAGUUCAAGCAAAUGUUGGCAGCGUAGAUUAUCUUGGAAGCACCCAUGGCUCAAAAACAUGCUCACUGUCAUAUCUGGGCUCUCAAUGUCCGCGGACUUCUUUGAGUACAAAUGCUCGUGGUUCUGCUCUGGGAUAUUCACAGCCAUCAUGUAGACCAUGGGAAAGAGGAGAUUUAUUGUGUCGUCUUGCUACAUUUAAGCCAUCGAAUUGGUCUGGAAAACCAAAGGUUUUAAUCCAUGCCAGUCAUCCUUAAAGCUGAUAAAAAACCUCUUUGUGACAUCUUCUGCUCGCUGCUUUCUUGCCAUGUACAGGCCUUAAAUACUGUUACUCUGUCUCCCUUAUUACAAGUAUAUUGCAUGGCCUUCCUUGUUUGUGGUGUCCAUACUCUGAGUCCUGCCUCAACCUUAACAUCCAGAGGCAUAAUCACAUGAAAGUUCAAGUGCGUUUUAUUGGUGGCAACAAAAUAUGCUUUUACCUGAUCCGAUAUGAACCUAUUUCUGGCAAUCUAGCUAUGGACCGAAUCUAGCUUUGACAUCAUGUGAGCAUAGGUUUAGACAUGCCCUGAAUCUGGCUACUUAUUGUGAGUACAAUGAGCUGCCUUUUGUGUCACUUGUGUGUUGGGCCUUGCACUAUCGGAAAACACAUCAUUUGCAUUUUCUUCUCAAGUGGCAUGUUUGGGCUUUGCCACUGCUUCAUGUGUGUACCCGUUUACAACUCAGUGCCAGAUUACCUUAAGACACCUUUUUUGCUAAUGCUAAGAACUUAUUGAAGCACCUUUUGACUUUCAGGGUGCUGGUUCCCUUGACUGUGCUAGAAGAGGUUGGAUGAAUGUUGAUAUCAACAAAAUAGAAUGUGAAACAUGCAGUGUGCAGCUUAGUUUUACAGCAUCGGCCUCUUGGACGACAGUGGAAGGUAUCAUCCAGUGAUCCGCGCAUUUUGCUAUCAUUUUGAUCUCAUAUGUCUGUGAUACUAUAAAUUCAUUAAUCAGAUAGUCAUCUCAAGCCUGAACUAAUAGUUUGUUUUUCUUAUAUGUGUCUCUUUUAGCUGAUAAUUAUGGUGGAGUCUUUGUGGCACAACUUGAUUCAGGCCACAAAGUUGCUUGUCCAUGGAGAGGUAACUGCUGUGCUGAUAGUUUGGUGCAGUUCCCGCCAACUCCUCCUGCUGCUCUCAUUGGUGGUUAUAAGGAUCGUUAUGACGGGCUCUUGCAAUUUCAUUCUCUUCCUGUUGUUGCUUUAUCCGUACUUGAUAAAAUGAGACAAUCUAGGGGCACUCAGAUUGACCGUUUUCUAUCUCAGUCCUAUGCCUUCUUAGUUGGGGAAUUAAGUUUAAGGAUGGAUAACAUAAAUGGAACAGAAUUCUCUCAUGAGGAGGCAUUGUCUGCUUAUAAUCAGGUAAAUUUAUCUGUUUCUCUAUUCUCAAAUUCGCAUAAUGCUCGUCACUCAGCAGCAUAAUUGCAGAUGAAUAUAGCCCUCAUAUGAAUUUUCUUAGAUUUUAUUCUUAUUUGUUUGAUGAGUAGGCUCAGAAGCUGAUAAGCUUAUGUGGAUGGGAGCCUCGAUGGCUUCCAAAUGUGCAAGACUUUGAGGAGCAUUCUGCUCAAUCUGCCAGGUAUGGAUGUUCGUUUGAUCCGACAGUGGAUAAGUUUCGUCCUUCACAAGAUUGUGGGUUCAGCAAGAACGCCGUUUCUGCUUCUGCCAUGAAAGAGACUGGGAAGAAAAAAAUCUCAGUGCCUGCAUCCAGGUUGAGUUCAAGGUCACCCCUGCUUGACUGCAGCUUGUGUGGUGUUACAGUGAGAAUUUGGGACUUUUCAACAGUUUUUCGUCCUGCUCGAUUUGGUUCUAACAACGUGGACACACCUGAAACAAGCAAAAAACUAGUUUUGACACGUGGAAUUAGUGCUGCUAGUGGAAUCAGCGGAUGGGUUCCCACUGAUGGAGUUGGUAAAGAUCAAACUGAAGACCGUGAUGAGGCUGCAACAACAGAUGUAGUUAAGUCAUUGUCAAAUGCUGGUGUGGAUUUAAAUCUCACCAUGGCAGGAGGGUUACCACCUAACCAGUUCAACGAACCAGCAACAGCUGAACGAUUUGAUGACGGUGGUAUGGGAAGAGAUCUAGUGAUUGGGCAGCCAUCCGGAAGUGAGGUUGGUGAUCGUGCAGCUUCAUUUGAAUCAAGAGGUCCAAGCACUAGGAAGCGUAGUCUGGAAGAAGGUGGGAGUACAGUUGACAGGCCACUUGACAAGAUCCAGCAGGCUGAUAGCAUUGAAGCAACUGUAAUUGAUCGUGAUGGUGACGAAGUUGAUGACAGUAGACAAUACUCAGAUGGCCCUUUCAAGCGUGCCCGUGGCUUGGACAUCUUUUCCACCUACCAAUCAUCCAGAAGGAUAGAUUCUUCUGGUGCUGGACCAAGCCAUGGGAUGAUUUUUGACAUCGAUAUAGAUGUCAACAGAGCUGAUCCUUUCAGGGAAGAGAGUGACCUGGUUGCUGGUCCUGUGUUCACUAGAGAUUCAGCUCGGGCAUCUUCUGUCAUUGCAAUGGAUACAAUAUGUCAUAGUGCUAUGGAGGACUCAAUGGAAAGUGUUGAGAACUAUCCUGGAGAUGCUACUGAUGAUGCUCAUUUUUCUUCUCCUAAGAACCUUGACAUGCAGGAUGCAUUCGGAUACAACUACGGUCAUCAAGCCCAGCAGAGCGCAUGUGUGCAACCAGCAGCUGGAAGUGUGGCUAGAGAAAUGGGAGUCAGCAGCACAAAUGCAGAGGAACUAUUGAAUGCGGAAACCGGUACAGUUCAUGGUAGGGAUACGUUUAGCAUUGGAAUCAGUGGUGGGAGUGUUGGAAUGGGGGCAAGCCAUGAAGCCGAAAUCCGUGGUGCUGAGUUUUCUGUCCACAGGGCAGACAGUGUUGCCAGAUAUGCAGACCAAGUAGCAGAUGUUACUGAGCAUCAUGGUCAGACUGGAGAGUCUACUCCAGAUCCUGGACUAAUGGGCGAGUUCGUCCCAGAGGAGAUGGACAGAGAAGAUCCUCAUGGUGACAGUCAGGAUGUGAUUUCUAGAUCAGCUGUAAGGGCCGACAGUGGUUCAAAAGUCUAUGGCUUGACCAAAGCCGAAUCUGUUGAAAGUGGGCAGAAGAUCAGCCGUGCUUUUUUCAAUGACAGUGGUGCGCAUCCUUCCCUCUCUUGCAAUGCUGUGAUAUACUCUGGUUACGAGGUAUCCAAGGAAGAAGUGACACAGGCUGGCAAGGCUUCCAUCACUGAUGACUGUGUCUUGGCAGAGUCGGAUUAUGCGGCAAAUGGGAUAGGUAAUCAGCUUGACUAUCUGUUCCCUUUCCAUUGCUGUGUUUAAGCCAUCUUAUAGAAAGGGAGCCACUUUUCUGACGACUUCAUGAAUUUUAUGUGUCUCUUUAAGGUUUUACUUGUCACUGUUGAAUCCAUAAAUAAAUAUGGUUCAUGUGUCCCAAGAUAAUGUGGUAAUUGAAUUAGAUCUUAUUCAAACAAGAUAACCCUGAAUACCCAUUGGACUACAGUUUCAUCUUCAUGUCACCCCAAAUUCCGUGCCAAGUUUAGCUGAUCAGAAACUUCAGUUUUUUUUUCUGAAAUAACAUUUUUGCCGAACUAUCACCUGGGGUCUGUGUUUAUGUAGGAAAAUGCUGUUCUUUCAUUUCAUUCGUCUAUGGUGUACAUAGACGACUGUGAUGACGGUGAUGUGACUUCCCUGUUAAAUGGCAUAUCAAUUUAAAAAUAGUCUAACAUGAAAGACUAACAAAGGUGUUUAUGUAUCGUUUCUGCUUCACUGUAAUUUUUCUUCUCCUUCCCUAGUGCCCGUGAACGGAGAGAAUGAUUUUGAAGGGGGGGCUGGAGAAUUUGAUCCGAUCCAGUAUCACCAUUAUUUUUGCCCCUGGGUCAACGGCAAUGUUGCGGCCGCUGGCUGUGCCAGCAGCAGCAGCUCGACCUCCAGCUCUUCUGCGGCUGCACUGUGUGGCUGGCAGCUGACAUUGGAUGCUUUGGAUGCUUACCAGUCCCUUGGGCACAUUCCAAACCAAACUCUGGAGUCUGAGUCCGCAGCUUCUCUCUACAAGGUAACCCGUUCUGCUGCUGUUUCCUCCCGACCUCUGUAGUGAUUCUGUAAACCAGUGAAUUUCGAAGGUCACUAAUUGGCCUAUUAUUGUGAUGAAUGUUCUUUUCCCUGAUCAAUUCCUUCGAAAGCAUCCCCUUCACUCUGCCACUCCUUCAGUUCAUUCCAGCUCAAUUUUGCUCGUCUCUGACCAAUUCCUGUUGUCCCAAAUCCAACCCACUUUCUGAUAAUGUCUAAGCCUCUACUGCAUUGUCUAUCUCUUCAAUAAUCGGUCGUUGCUUUCCAUUACCUCUGUCUGUUGUUCUUUUUUGCUCGCAGGACGAGCACCUCACUCCAAGCACCAAGCUGUUGAGACGCAGCUCGACAACCAAGAGCCAUGGACAACUGUGA